CUUGAGCCGCCCCUGCUCGCAAUCCCGCUAGUGAGAGGAGACUCUCACUGGGCAUGAAUGAAUGCUCAUCCCCAAUAUCCACUCAACGAAAAAUCUAAUCAAGCAAUGCAAAACCAUCAAACAGCUCCACCAGUUGCAUGGCCACACCAUCGCCACUGGCCUUCUCUCCCUCCACUCUUGUCCUAUUUUAACCUCCAUUCUCUACGCCUUCACCACCACCCUCAACCGCAACUCCACCGCCGCCUCCUCUGUGAGUUUUUCGAGAUAUGCAAUCUCAGUCUUCCAUUCCAUUCAACACCCAUCAACCUUUUGCUACAACAACAUCAUUAGAGCCCACACCCUCCUGUCCUCCCCUCUCCCCGCCCUCCUCCUCUUUGCCCGUAUGCGCCGCCUCUCUAUCCCUCCCGACUUUCACACCUUCCCUUUUGCUCUCAAGGCGUCCUCCCAGCUUGGUUCGCUUCCCGUGGCCCAAACCCUUCACUCCCAAUCUUUCAAGUUUGGGUUCGCAGAUGAUUUGUUUGUCCAGAAUUCUCUUAUUCAUGUCUACUCGGUGUCCGACCGCCUUGGCAAUGCAUACCAGGUGUUCAAUGAAAGCUCGUAUAGGGACGUUGUCUCUUACAAUGCCAUGAUUGAUGGCUUUGUCAAGGCUGGCGAGAUUUCCGGAGGACGUGAACUGUUUGACGAAAUGCCCGUACGAAAUACUGUGUCAUGGGGCACCAUCUUAACGGGGUAUGCACAGACGAACCAAUGCAAAGAGGCUAUUGAGCUCUUUCAGCAGAUGCUAGCUUUAGGACUCAAACCUGACAAUGUUGCAUUGGUUUCUGUUCUUUCUGCUUGCGCCCAGCAGGGGGAACUGGAAGUCGGCAAGGCCAUUCAUCAUUUCAUUAAGCGAAAUAGGAUACGAAUAGAUUCCUUCUUGUCCACCGGGCUUGUGGACCUGUAUGCCAAGUGUGGGUGUAUUGAGACUGCCAGCGAGGUUUUUGAGUCGAGCCCAGACAAGAAUUUGUUUACGUGGAAUGCCAUGCUUGUUGGGCUUGCAAUGCAUGGUCACUGCCACCUAUUGCUGGAUUUUUUCUCCAGAAUGAUAGAGGCUGGAGUUCAACCCGACGGUGUGAGCUUCUUAGGAGUCCUGGUUGGGUGCAGCCAUGCGGGUCUGGUCCGUGAAGCCCAAAAGCUCUUUGACGAGAUGGAAUCUAUCUAUGGGGUCCCUCGAGAACUCAAACACUAUGGGUGCAUGGCUGAUUUGCUUGGGCGGGCUGGUUUGAUUGAGGAAGCAGUGGGGAUGAUAAAGAGGAUGCCAAUGGGGGGUGAUGUGUAUGUGUGGGGUGGAUUGCUGGGAGGAUGUAGGAUAUAUGGAGAUGUUGAGAUUGCGAAGAUAGCAGCCGAGCAUGUGAUGGAGUUGAACCCUGAAGAUGGUGGGGUCUAUUCAAUCUUGGCCAACAUUUAUGCCAAUGUAGACCAAUGGGAUGAUGUCGUUCAGGUUAGGAGGAAAAUGAAUGCUACGAGGGUCAAGAAGAACGCUGGUUGUAGUUUGAUUCAUGAGUUGAACGGAUUAACUCAUGAUUUCAUCGCGGGAGCUAGAUAGCUUGCAUCCCCGGAGGGAUGAGAUAUAUUCGGUUUAGACGGAACUGGAAAACAGCAGAUCGAAGUAUGCUAGCAAUACAUUCUGUUCAGAUUCGCUAUAUCUUUAUUUCGAUGAAUCACAUAACGUGUAAAUCCAGGUUCUU